GUCAGCUCUCCUUUAGAAUUUCCACACAAUGAAUUCUCAGCCACAUGCCAACAGUCUUAAAAAUGUUGCUUGACAAUUCUCCUAAACAUAUUCCUGGCAGGAGAGUCUGAAAUUCAUAGCAAACUCAUCUUUACAAUUUUCCUCUUUUUUUCAAACUGUCAUACUGGCAUGCCCAUUACUCCAAAGUAUAUAUUUUUGGCUCCACAAUAAAUAUUAACUGUUUUCAUAUGUAUCGUGACAUGUGACUGAUACCUUGUGUUUUGUUUUUGUUUUGCGACCUCAUAUACUGGAUGAAGUAAGCUUGAGCUUGGAAGACACAGGUUAAUGAUGGACAGCAUCUUCCUUUCAUCUAACAUCUCACAAUCGGAUGGGUUGUCUACUCAGAAAAGGAAAUGGUCUGGGAUACCGGAACCUCCAACAGACAUUGAUGAUGAAAUCUUGUCCAGCUCUUUCUUCUCAGAAUUACCUACAUCAGAAGUGUUCUACAUCUCUCAGUCCCAGAAGAAACCAAUAUCACCUCUUAUUUUCAAAUCUCAAGGAAAAGAAAAUGCUUUUCUACAGAUGAAAUGUCAGUCUCAAACAAGUUUCAAAAAUCAACUUCCAAGGCAUCCCACCUUUAAGCCUCCCCAGAAGCAAGCCUUUAACCCUGUAUACCAAAGAGAAUCUGAGGAUGAUAACCUCAUGGACUAUGACAUCCAACAGAAACCAUCACUCAGCAUCAUACCUGGUCAAGGACUCUCAGGUGUAGACAAGCGAUCUCAGUCAUUAGUGAUACACAGGAGGUGGGAAUUUAUGGACAAUAAAACUUAUGUCAAGUCUUAUGUCAACCCAUCAUUUAACCCAGAAGUUGAUCCAGAAGAUGAUGAAAUGCUGGGUGGGUUGACUCCACCAAAAAGAAGAUGUUUCCAGUUUUCACAAGCACAUAAUUCAGAUUUUCAGCCAGAAAAGUCAAAGAUUUCAUCUUUCAGUCAUCCAUCAGAAACAGGAAAUAGAAAGAUGGUCUCAGACAUUUCACGAACAUGUCCACAAAAGGACAAAGGGUCCAAGUUUUCCACACCAUACAUCUCAUCAAGGAGAAAGUUUGAUGCUUCAGAUAGUGGGUUCUGUGAGCCUAGUCCAGUUGAUUCGCUCAACACUCCUGCCUGUCUUAUUGUUCCAAAUGCAGACAAUGGGCAAACAAGACUGCGUUCAGUUGAAGAAAUUCCUGCCAGUUUUAGGGAGGUGUUUGAUUUUCCAUACUUCAACAUGGUGCAGUCAAUGGUUCUAGACGAUGUGCUCUACACGGACAAGCCACUGGUGGUGUCUGCACCGACAGGAGCUGGGAAGACAGUGAUAUUUGAACUUGCCAUCACCAGAUUGCUCAAUAAGUUUGGGGAAAUCAAGCAAAAUUGGAAAAUUGUUUAUGGUAACUUGAACAGUUUGUUUCCUGAAAAAUGGGACAGUAUGUCUAGGAAGUGGAAAGAUAACAGGUCAUUGUUCCAGACAAUAUCCCUGUUUCUUAUCGAUGAGAUCCACAUCUUGAAUGACAGCACAAGGGGGUCAACAGUAGAGGCUGUGGUCAGUAGGAUGAAGACCCUAAGGCUCACUGACAGAGCCACUGACCGGCCUGUCAUGAGAUUUGUUGGAGUCUCGGCUACCAUCCCCAACAUUGAAGAUAUUGCUACAUGGCUUGGGAAUGCAGAAAACCCAGCAACAAGCUUCAAAUUAGGGGAAAAGUACCGGCCUGUGAGGCUACAGAAGAUUGUGGUUGGCUACCCUUUCAAGCCAGGCUCUUCUGACUUCAGAUUUGAUAUGAAUCUAGCCUACCGACUGAAGAGUAUCAUAGAGACAUAUUCCAACAACAAGCCCUCCCUCGUGUUCUGCUCCUCCCGCAAGAGUGUUGAACAGAGUGCUGACAUCCUGAGGAAGGAGCUUCAUGGACGGUCUCUUGUGAAGCCACAGUUCCGGGAGGCGGUCAGCAAGACAUGCCAGCUCAUCAGAGAAACUAAAAUUGCAGAUAUGGUGCGUGUCGGCAUUGGGGUACAUCAUGCCGGCCUGAGUACUGCUGAAAGGAGACAUGUGGAAGAGCUGUUCAGGAAUGCCAUGCUGCCUGUUCUUGUAUCAACCAGCACAUUGGCGAUGGGUGUAAACCUGCCAGCCCACCUGGUGGUGAUCAAGUCUACAGUGUUCUACAGCAUGGGGUCCCCCACCGAGUACUCAAACUCGCAGGUUCUGCAGAUGAUAGGCCGAGCGGGGAGACCACAGUUCGACACCUCGGCUACAGCUGUCAUCAUGACAAAGUCUGAUACAAAGUCAAAGUAUGAAAACCUGAUGAAUGGCACACAAAGGAUUGAAAGCAGCCUUCACAAGCACCUGAUCGAGCACCUGAACGCUGAAGUCGUCCUGCACACUAUCACUGACAUGGCCCUGGCUGUGGAGUGGAUCAGACACACCUUUCUGUAUGUCCGCAUCAUGCAGAACCCAACACACUAUGGAUAUCCCACUGGUUUGGACAGAAAACAAGUUGAAAAACGACUUGAAGAUCUUUGUCUGCAAAACCUGAAUAAACUGGCUGACUUCAAACUUGUAACCAUGGACGAGGAAACUUUUGCCAUUCUACCAACAGAGACAGGGAAGCUGAUGGCAAGAUACUGUAUUGCCUUUGAAACAAUGAAGAUGUUUGAUUCUGUCAAUGGAGAGGAAACCAUCAAGGAUAUGCUAGAUCUGAUGGUCAGCUGCUCUGACUUUGACGAGUUUGUACAGCUGCGAAACAAUGAGAAGGCAACACUGAAUGCAUUGAACAAGAACAAGAACAAGCCCACCAUCAGAUAUCCUUUGACUGGAAGGAUCAAAACAAAACAGAUGAAAACAAACUGCUUAAUGCAAGCCCAGUUUGGAUGUCUUCCCAUACAGGACUUCUCCUUGUCACAGGAUGUCCUCAAGAUAUUUAGAGUUGGGCAACGUGUGGCAAAAUGCCUGAUGGAGUUCUUGUGGCAGAGGAAGGACUACAGAGCUCUGCUGACAGCCAUUGAGCUGUUCAAGAGUACCAAGACCAAGCUGUGGGUUGACACCAAGUAUGUUGCCAAGCAACUGGAUGGCAUUGGUCCAACCAUGUCCCUGUCACUGGUGAAUGCUGGCCUGACGACCUUUCAGAAGCUGGAGCAGACAAACCCCAGGGAAAUAGAACUGAUUGUGAACAGACACCCUCCAUUUGGCAAUCAGGUCAGAGAUGCUCUUGCUGUUCUACCCAAGUAUGAGAUGUCAAUUGAACAGAUAAACCACUACAAGACCAACACAUGCGUGCUUGUAGUCAGCAUCAACCUGGUCAACCGGGAGACCAUCCAGUCCAAGAAGGGAUCCACAAAUCACCAGUCUGUGCUUCUCAUUGGGGAUCAGGACAACCACAUUGUCUUCAAGUGGAGAAUCAUUGACAGCCAGAUUCUUAGAGAUGAUGUCUGGAAGCGGAGGAUUGAUGUGACUCGGAGCAGUGCUGGCCCAGAACUCUAUGUGCAUCUCAUUAGUGUGCAAUACGUUGGUUUGGAUAUCCAUACGACAUACAUACCAGUCUACCAGUGGUGUAGUGAGCACAUGCAGAUGACAAGUCAUCCCGGUGACAGUGCAGCUAUCAAACGUCCCCCAGCAGACCAAGGACAACAGACACAGCUUGGGGCAUCUGCUCCGCCAGGGCGGUGUAAUCACAAGUGUCACAAUAAGGCCCAGUGUGGCCACAAGUGCUGUAGAGGAAUUUCAAACCCUGGCCAAUCAGGCACUAUCAACAAACCAGUGUCUCACAACAUCAGCCCGGUGCGUAAUCAGAAGGGUGUCGAUGCUCAGAUCAGAAUGCUGAAGAGUAAAGCAAGCUCACUUGAUCUAAUGUCAGGAGCAUCCAAGAGGAAAAAGAUGUGUGAUAUGAAACGUGGUCUGGGUUUGCAGCAGUAUGCCUACCAGAAGCCUCCUUCCAUGAGAACAUAUGACCAACAUAGCAAACCACAGCAAGCACCUGCUCACUCCAUACAGGAACCAAUGCAGAGACACCAGCCAUUCAACUCCAGAACCAUUCUUGGAAACAUUCUUGGAAACAUCAAAUAUGGUGUAGGUGGGAGGAGGAUAGAUCCAGGGCUCAGACGAGAUAGCAACAUGGAGAAGCAUUCCUUGUAUCAGGAUCUAUAUGCAGAUGAAUGGCAGGAUGACUCUGAUGUCAACACAUUCCAAUAUGGUUUGACUGGGUUUGAUAAUGAAGAUGGCAGCAUAUCCAUGCAAUAUUCAUGUCCAAACAGAGGUUCGACGGAUCCAUGGAAGGAAAAUCAGUCCCCAGCUAAACUGAGAGGACCACCACCAAAUCAGUUGUUAGGAGACAUGCAGAGAGGAUGUGGUACUGCUGGGACGUUGGGAUCAUUAUGCAAUCUUGAUGAUGCUGGAGAGCUUGACGACAACUGGGACAGUGUGAGCAUACAGCAGGGGCCCUCUGCACUGCAGUCCCGGAACCAGUCACCAGCACACAUCUCUUGUCAUGAUGACUGGGCUGAGCUCCAUAUGUAUCAGAAGGAUAGAGAAGCGCUUGAACAAGAGAUAUAUGAUGUAGAUCCUGAUGGUUUUUCCCCUGAGUGUUUUACCAGUGCUGAUCUCCAGGAGCUGGACAGACACAGCAACCUUCAGCCUGAAGACACCAGGCAGACAGAAUCUUGUAAAACAACAACAAACAUUUACCCAUCAAGGAACAGCUACUUACAACUUCAAACAUACAGCAGGCCAGUUCUUCAGCAGAACCAGUAUAGGAAUGGUGGCAGCGUGGCAAGGGAUGGACACCAUCUGUCACAUGCUGGUGUAGAGGUUGUCAAGGACAACACUGGAGCAUUUACAACAAGUCAGUCAAGUGAUGAUGAACUAUGCUAUGUAGGAGAAAUACUUGGGAGACAGGACUAUGAAUAUGAUACACUGCCACCUUCAAACCACACACCAAAACCACAAUAUGGAAAAUUGAGGACAGGUAACACCCCAGUCCCACCAGGUCCCGACAAUGCUCCAUGUGGUGACAAGCUACUUGUAGGACAGAAAACUCCUCCAUACAGUUCCCAUCGACGGUCUUCUACAUCCAGAAAACACAGUUUCGGGCAGGUUGUGGCCUGGGUUGCUGACUCAGACUCCUCUCCCUGUAGCCAGAAGUCCAUUCCAAGGUCAAGGACACCACUGCUCAAAAGGAGCACUCUAAUGGUUGAGCUUCAAAAAAGGACACCCACAAAUGGCUCAGGGACCAGUGAUAAUGAAGAGAAAUCUGUGCAGCUGUCUGUGAAGAAAGGUGACCUGGUGUACCCAGAAACAAACACAUCCAGCUUCUUCCAUCUGUUCAGGCCCAACGUGACAGAUGACAUGGGUGACAUGAAUGAAAACAUUUUCGCUGGCAUUUUCUGAAACCUCUUCAUCAAGACACAUCUUGCUGUCAAAGCUUGAAGUUCUUUGACAUGACUAGAUCAGAGUUGCCUGUGCGGAAUUUUAGUUCUGUGAACUAUAAUAAUACACAACGUUUAAUAGGUAUAUUUUAUUCUGGAUGUCCAGGUGUGGAAUGACUGUCAAGUGUGAUAUUGUGAACGUCACACCAUUGCUUAAUUUGAUUAGACAUAAAUGUACCAGAAACUUGGUGUUUCAUAACAGUAGAUUGAAUAAUACAGGAAUGUUUCACUUUUCCUGAUGUUAUGACAGUCUGUGAUAUUUACCCAACUGUGAUAUAAACAUUGUUCAUUAAUGAUGCAGUUUCAUAACACUGGCGUACUGUUCUUGCAGCCUGUGGUUCUAACAAAAUAGUUGGACCUGACAGUGUGGAAUAUUUAUUAGUUUAUUAAACUAUUUAUCAACUGUGUGUUUGUUGCCCCAAAAAUAAUCAACAGUCCAUUGUAGAUAACCAAAGCUUAAUGUUAAAAUCACUGAUUAUAAAUCAACCUAGAUCAACUAUCCCUCGUCAGUCUAACAGUCCCAAUCUAAUCCAUUUGAGUCACUUAUAGUGGAAUAACAUCCUGAUAAUGUAUUCUAAUCUUGCACAUGAAUGUUACGCAGGAUGUACAUCAUCAAUUACACUGACUCCAUUGCUGUGGGCCCAUUGGAUAUGAGGAGAAAGUGAAAAGCAUUCGCCUCUUCAUUCCAUCUUUACCUUUAUGUACUGAUAAGGUACCGUCAUGAGUCCUUUUCAGCUUUUAGCUUGACUGGCGGUGUCUGAGGGUUUCAACCCAUUUUCUGUUAACUAUUGACGUAAUACUGAAAAACAUCAAAAGUUGAAACACACAACUUUCUGCUUGUGACUUACAGCUUUCUACCAGUCGUAAAUUCUUCUCUUAAAUCUGUUUGUACCAACACUGGUCACAAUUAUUUUUGAAAGAAAUCCAACCAAAUAUAAAUCUGAAAUACAAAGUAAACUAGUUUAUACUGUAGUCUUAAAACGAACUGUUUUGUUCAUAUAGAUGUUUUGAAAUAUCUGGAUUUAUCAGACUGUAACAGAUUUGAUUAUUUACAGACUGCUGCCACACCAACCAAAAUGCUGGUGAAAAGAUUCACAUGAAACUAACCACAGAC